AUAUAAAGAGUUCAGGGAAUCCUUUUACUGCUGCAAGCUUCCCUGGGGAGCAGAAAGGGAGCGUGGAGGAAUUGCACUACCUGUAUUGCCAGAAGACUACAGGGCAAAGGACAAGUUCUGUACAUUUGUUAAAGGACAUGAACUUUAUGCUAGUGCUGUAGACCCCUGGCCAAGAGGCCUUCCCGCUGAGCAAUACUGUGAUGUCACCCAGGUGAAAAGUGAUAUGUGUAUGAAUGAUGAACUGCUUCGUAAACCACCAGUUUGGCUAAGUAAACCACUGUGCCUACCAUUUCCCACCUCUCAUCCCUACCAGACACACAUCUUUAGGUACGCCAUGUUCCCAAAUUUCAGAUCACCUGAGGAUCGAGACACUGGAAUCGAUGCAAGCAGUCGUCAGCCUUUCCAUCCCAAUAUCCCUACCAAGGCUUUUGUUGUGGCUGUUCUGAGGAAGACCAGAGGUAAUCCAUAUAGGCAUGAAGUUAUCAGCAAGCCCUCUGACACCCAGAAGGCUGUGCACUGGCCCGGACAGCACACAUACUUCCAAAACAUAACCUCUCUCCAAGAAAGGGCUCUGGGGAUCACAACAUAGAGUCGGGACUUCACAGGAAGAGGUCCUAUGGAUCCACUUAUCCUGGAUAACUAUUACAUGAAAGCAGCUGGCAGAUUAACUGGAGAACUAGCUGAAGACAUAAAACUAAAAGAAACAUUUCUGCCUAGUUUCUCACAAGUGAGACCUCUUGAAGGGUGCACUGCAUGUUUACCUCAAGGUCAACAUCCCCAUGAAUCAAUUCUGCAAGAACAGCCACUCUGUCUCAGACAAUGCUACCAGAAAGUUCAUUAUCUGGAUAAAAGGCCACCAAUAAACAAACUUCAGAAAAUCACUGACACAUUGCAAACAGAAGCAUUGUACAGGGGGCAGCUUUCAGGAAGGCCUGAACUUGAACCCCUUCCAAAAUCUGCAUGUUCCCUUUCCUACGAAGACUUCAAGCCCAGACAUUUGGAUGAACAUAUAAUAGGGGAAAACUCUGUUAGUCUAAGUAAGCCAGGCUUACCACUGGAUGUACAUGAGGAAAGUAGAAUUUUGUUGCACAAGCUUUGGCAUCAAAAAGCAUGUCAGCCUGCAUGGAGACCAGAGGAUGGACCAAGAGAGACAGCACUGCCUGAAUAGAUCCCUAGCUGUAAGGAUCCUCGGCACAAGACAGCACUGCUGGCGCUGCAGCAUUCCUUCUCUAAGACAGCAGCACAAAAACGUUUUCAUGAUUCCAAACGAGGAGAGACAAAAGACCUCAGAGAUAACAUUACUGAG